GGGGGGUGCGGCUCCAGGAAACGGCGCGCUCAGAGCCGCAACUCAGAGCUCCGACCAGCUCGACGCGCUGCGACGGCCCCGCAGACCAGGCGGAACCCGACGGCCACCCCAGCAAGCACAGCCCAGGUCCGAACCUCGGACACAUCUACACGGACCGGGCAGACAUAUCCGGUUGACAAAGAAAAGAGCUCCAGAGACCAUGGGGACCCUGACUGAGGCAGCAGUAGUGGGCAAGCGGGAGUCCUGAGCCUGAGAAGAGGUCGGGGAGAGCUGCUCCGGCCAUGACUUCAGUGUGGAAGCGCCUGCAGCGGGUGGGCAAGCGGGCUGCCAAGUUCCAGUUUGUGGCGUGUUACCAUGAGCUAGUAUUGGAGUGCACCAAGAAAUGGCAGCCCGACAAGCUGGUGGUGGUUUGGACUCGGCGGAACCGACGUGUCUGCUCCAAGGCCCACAGCUGGCAGCCUGGGAUCCAGAACCCGUACCGUGGCACUGUGGUGUGGAUGGUUCCAGAGAAUGUGGACAUCUCGGUGACCUUGUACAGGGACCCUCAUGUGGACCAGUACGAAACCAAAGAAUGGACUUUUAUUAUUGAAAAUGAGUCCAAAGGACAGCGGAAGGUCCUGGCCACAGUUGAUGUGAACCUGGCCCACCAUGCAGGGCCCGUACCUGCUCAGGUUCCGCUUCGACUGCGGCUGAAGCCCAAAUCUGUGAAGGUAGUGCAUGCUGAGCUGAGCCUCACCCUCUCUGGGGUGCUGCUGCGUGAAGGCCGUGCCACGGAUGACGACAUGCAGAGUCUGGCCAGCCUCAUGAGUGUGAAGCCCAGUGAUGUGGGAAACCUGGAUGACUUUGCUGAGAGCGAUGAGGACGAAGCUAAUGGCCCCGGGGUUCCCGAGGUCCGGGCUCGACCCCAGCCAGAUCUGCCUGGAGGGCUGAAGACACUCUGUGAGGAAGAUGAUGAAGGCCACACACGGCCCCAGCAGGCAGCUGCCAGACCCUCUAGUGCUGAAGACACCAGCCCUGCCCCUGUGAGUGCCCCUGCGCCCCCGGCCAGGGCCUUCUGGGGCCAGGGGUCAGAACCAGCUGCUAUAGCCGGGGGCCAGGUGGGGCCUGAAACCCCAAGGCCCCCAUCAUCCCCACCAGAGACAAGGUCCACUGGGCAGCCAGGCCAGAACAUGGUCCCCACUCCAGCCCCUCGGCUUCGGAAAGGCUCUGAUGCACCCUCGUCCCCAGUACCCUGCAGUGGUGAUGAGGUCCCCAGUACCUCAGAGGAUCCUCCACCAGGAAUAGGCUCUUCUGGGGAGACCCAGGCUCAGAUAAGCACUCAGGAAGGGACAGAGGCUCGUGGAGCCAGGCCAGAACCAGUCAUUGAGGUCAGAGGCUCCAGAGAUGCCCUGGGAGGAGACAGAUCCGAAGUUGAAGAGGGGGACACUGGGGAGAGGUCAGGGCCUAGUGGGGCAGAGAGCAGAGAGAAGAACACUAAGGAGUCCUACACCACAGCCGUUGAGGCCGGAGAGAGCUCGGAAGUGCAUCAAGUCGAUGCUGACCAGGAGUCAAAGGUACAACAUAGAGUCACAGAGGGACCAGGGGCCGCAGGGCUGAUGCCCAAGGCAAGACUUGGGGAAACUCCUGAGGCCCCUCCUAGGAGUGCUCAGAGGAGGAUGGGGCUUAGGACCCAGGAAGAGGCUCCCAGUGACCUGAACCCACCUCCAGCUGAGCUUGAACAGCAGCUAGGGGACCUCAGGGAUGCCAGACCUGCGGGCCAGGAGAAAGAAUGCACAGAGGUGAGGGGCAAAGUCCCUGCUAUUGGGAGGACAGGCCUGGAGCAGGGCCCCUCUGCUGGAGCAGCAAGUGCUGGGCCCCAGGUGAGCUGCUUUCAGGGAGUCCCAUCAGUUGGCCAGGGGGUGGUAUCUAGAGAUCAGAGGGCUCAGGAGGCAGAAGUUGGGGAGCCAAGGGUUCUAGAAAGAGACCCUGAGUGGGUACCAUGGGGGGUUUCAGGGACACCAAGACCAGACACUGGGAUACCAGACUCCCCGGAUACAGAGGCUGCCACAGCAGAAUCUGAAAUAUUGGAGACCCAAGAGUCAGAAGCAGCAAGAUCAGAGGUCCUGGAGUCAGAGGCUACAGGGACAGCAGAGCCUGAGGUGUGGAGGACCCAGGAUAAAGAGAUUGUGGAUCUGGGGCUGCUGAGGACAGCGGCCGAGAUAAGGGAGCCUGAGGAAUUUGGGAUCCAGGAAACAGAAGUUGGGGGUUCUACAGUUCCAGAUACCAAGACAGUGACAGCAGAACCUAAGAUAUUAGAAACCCAGGGGAUAGCAGACAGUGUGCUGAAGACACAGGCUGAGAUAUUAAGAACUCAGAAGACAGAAGCUGAGGAGGCAGAAGCUGGAACACCGGAGUCCCAGAAGGUAGCAGCUGAAGGUUUGGCAGCUCCAGCAGUGGAGUUGGAGAUGGCAGAGUCUGAUGAAUUGGGGAUGCUGAAGACAGAGGUGGGGAUUUGGAGGAUUCCAAGAACAGAGACUGAAACUGCAGGAACUGAGACAAUGGGGAUCCACAAGCUAGCAUUUGAGGGUUCAGGGCCCCCACAGAUGCAACCUAGAAUAGUAGGGAAGCAGGAGACAGAUGUCUCAGUGCUAGAGACAUCAGAAGAUGCUGUAUUGGGCACCCAGGAGAUGUCAGCAGGUCAUGGAGUACUUUUGAUAGAAGCAGAGAUACAAGAAUCCAAGAUUGACAGGUUCCUGGAGACAGAGGAAGGAGAUUUAGGGAUUCUAGAGGUAGAAACUGGGACAACAGAAGCCAAGCUCUUAGAGACGCCAGGGAGAGCACCAGGGGUUUGGGAGGUGCUGGGAAGAGGAGCUGAGGUAGCCAGGGUCUUGGAAGCAGAGGCUGGCUUGUCAGACGUCCCAGAGACAGAAGCUGAGGAAGCUGAGACCCCGGAGGCCAAGGAGCUAUCCGGGAGUUCUGUGGCACUGAGAGUAGUGGCCAAGAUACCAGAAUCUAAGAUCUUAGGGGCGCAGAAGACAGAGGUGGGAGGCACUGGGAUAUCACGGACGGAGGUUAGAGAGGCAGAGACCGAAAUACCCAAGGCCCAGGAAAUAUCAUCUGAGGGUUCAGGAGUUCCAGAGGUGGAAGCCCAGGUGGAAGAGUCUGAGAAAAAAAUGGAGAGUUGGGAGCUCCCAGAGGUAGUGACAGUGAAUUCUGAGUUAUUUGGGACUCAGAAGGGCUCAGAGAUCCCAGAACUAGAAGCUAAGACAGUAAAGUCUGAGAUUCUGGAAGCCCAAGAGGCAGAAGUAAGGAACUUGGGGCUUCGAGGAGAGGCUGAGAAAGCAGAAGCUGAGAUGUUAGAAACCCAAAAGACAGAAACAAAGACAGUUCAGGCCCAAGAAAUAGAACUAGAGGAUUCUGGGGUUUCUAGUCCAGAGGCCGAGGCACUGAGCGCCCAGUGGACAGGGACUAUAGUUUUGGAGUCUGGGGAGGAAAAGACUGACAUUUUGGGGGACCAGAAGCCUGGAUCUUGGGGAGCUCUUAAAUAUAAGGCCUUAGAAAUCCCUGUGACUAAGCAAGGGUCUUCUGGGGCCAAGAAAGUAGUCCCAGGGGUAUCCAGAGUACAAGAGCCAGAAUCUAAAGUUUUGGCGUUAGUAGAGGCCAAAUCUUGGACUUUGGGACAACAGGAAGCAGAGAUGGAGGGGGUUGAGUCUCCAGAGAAUAAAUCUGAUAUUUUUGAGGCCCAGGAAGCAGAAUCUGGGGUCUUGGGAACCGCGAAGGGGGAAGAAGCUGAUGGAAGCCUCGAGGAGGCCAGCCUGAACAAGGCCCGAGUGGCCGGUGAGGCAGGGGCUGGGGUCCCCAGGCCCUCAGGGGCCUCUUCCCCAGAGGAGCCUGAAGAGGACAGGAGGCUGCCGGGCAGCCAGGCACCCCCUGCCCUGGUCAGCUCCAGCCAGUCCCUGUUGGAGUGGUGUCAAGAGGUCACCAAAGGCUACCGUGGUGUCUGCAUCACCAAUUUCACCACGUCCUGGCGCAAUGGCCUGGCCUUCUGUGCUAUUUUACAUCGAUUCUACCCAGACAAGAUCGACUAUUUCUCCCUUGACCCCCUCAACAUCAAACAGAACAACAAGCAGGCUUUUGAUGGCUUCGCUGCCCUGGGUGUGUCUCGGCUGCUCGAGCCAGCGGACAUGGUGCUUCUGUCCGUACCUGACAAGCUCAUCGUCAUGACGUACCUGUGCCAGAUCCGUGCCUUCUGCACUGGGCAGGAGCUGCAGCUGGUGCAGCUGGAGGGCGGCGGUGGCUCUGGCACAUAUCGUGUGGGCAACGCCCAGCCGAACCUGCCCGACUGUCUGGACGCAGGAGACCUGGCGCAGCGGCUGCGGGAGCAUGGGGCUGAAGCGGCCACAGAGCCCAAGGAGGCUGUGAACCGUGGGACUGGGGCAAUACCCAAGGUGGCCUCCAGGGACACGGACCUGGGCUGCUCCUGUAAGGAUGGGGAGGCCGAAGUUGCCCAGGAAGCAGUCCCUCAAGAGGCGCCCUCCGACGGCCCUAGAGCCAGGUCCUCCACAUCCCCCGUGAUCCCCGCAGACGGGCUGGUGAACGGAGUGGGGGCGCCGGGGGGUGUGAGGCUGAGACGGUCCUCUGUCAAUGGGGAGGCUGGCCCAGUACCUCCACCCCGAGCACACGGCUCUUUCUCCCACGUGCGUGACGCCGAUUUGCUGAAGAAGAGACGAUCCAGGCUAAGGAAUAGCAAUUCUUUCUCCGUGGAUGACCAGGACUCUGGAGCUACAGUUGGAGCAGGGCCUGCAGGACCCGGGGCUGUGGAAGGCCUGAACCCUGACUCCAGCCCUGAUGCUGGCCCACUCAUAGCCCCAGCCCCACAGCAGCCACCCAGUGGGACCCCUCCUACCGAGGAGUCAUCGCCCAGCCCCGGGGAAGAGGCUGGCCUGCAACGGUUCCAGGACACAAGUCAAUACGUGUGUGCUGAGCUGCAAGCCCUGGAACAGGAGCAGGGACAGAUAGAUGGGAGGGCGGCUGAGGUGGAGAAGCAGCUGAGGAGCCUCAUGGAAUCAGGUGCCAACAGGCUGCAGGAGGAGGUGCUGAUCCAGGAAUGGUUCACCCUGGUCAACAAGAAGAACGCGCUCAUCCGGAGGCAGGACCAGCUGCAGCUGCUCAUCGAGGAGCAGGACUUGGAGCGGAGGUUCGAACUGCUGAGCCGUGAGUUGCGGGCCAUGCUGGCCAUUGAAGAGUGGCAGAAAACAGCGGCGCAGCAGCACCGCGAGCAGCUCCUGUUGGAGGAGCUGGUGUCGCUGGUGAACCAGAGGGAUGAACUGGUCCGGGACCUGGACCAGAAGGAACGGAUCGCUCUGGAGGAAGAUGAGCGCCUAGAACGAGGACUGGAGCAGAGACGUCGCAAGGUGAGCCGGCAGCUGAGCAGGCGGGAACGCUGCGCCCUGAGCUGAGCCUCCUGCCUGGCUCCGCCCUUUCUCUGGUCGUGGACCCUCCUUGCCACUCCCCAGCCUGCACAGCAGAGGCUAGGCCUCCGUGCUCCUUCAGAGGGCAGAAGCAAGACUGACCAGACUGGAGCAGCGAGCCUGCCAGGCAGUAUUUAUUUAUCCGGAGUGUAUGUGAAUCCCAGGCAAGGGAUGGUGUGGGGGCUGACGCCCAUGGCCUCCUUCCCUUCUGAAGGGAGCAAUAAAGUUGGACUAGAACAAA